AUGAGUGUAGCAUUUAACCCAAAGGACCCAAGUACUUUUGCAUCCGCUUGUUUAGACUGUACCGUCAAAGUCUGGUCGUUAGGUCAACCAACUCCAAACUUUACAUUAUCAACAGGUCAGGAAAGAGGGGUGAAUUACGUCGACUAUUAUCCAUUACCAGAUAAACCAUACAUCAUAACAUCAUCUGAUGACUUGACUAUAAAAGUGUGGGACUACCAGACAAAAUCAUGUGUUGCCACUUUAGAAGGGCACAUGUCAAACGUUUCCUACGCAGUUUUCCAUCCGACGUUGCCUAUCAUAAUUUCCGGCUCAGAAGAUGGUACCUUAAAAAUUUGGAACUCUUCAACCUAUAAAUUAGAGAAGACUUUAAACUUAGGUCUCGAGAGAAGCUGGUGCAUUGCGACCCAUCCAACCGGUAAAAAGAAUUAUAUUGCCGCGGGGUUUGAUAACGGAUUCACCGUUCUUGCGUUGGGAAACGACGUUCCAACGUUAUCACUUGAUCCUGUUGGAAAACUUGUUUGGUCUGGUGGAAAAAAUGCAGCAGCUUCUGAUAUUUUCACAGCCGUAAUAAGAGGCAAUGAACAAGUUGAAGAGAACGAGCCUAUCGCUUUACAGGCGAAGGAAUUGGGGUCAGUAGAUGUUUUCCCUCAAAACUUGACCCAUUCGCUAAAUGGUAGAUUUGUUGCUGUUGUAGGCGACGGAGAGUAUGUGAUUUACACAGCGUUAGCGUGGAGAAACAAAUCGUUUGGUAAAUGUCAUGAUUUUGCGUGGGGUCCGGAUUCAAGCAGUUUUGCUAUAAUUGAUGAAACAGGCCAAGUUCAUUACUACAAAAAUUUCAAAGAGGUUACCUCGUGGUCUAUACCUUUAACUUACGGUAUAGAAAAAAUAUAUCCCGGUGCUUUGCUUGGUGCCAAAGCAGAUGGAUUUGCCUAUUUCUUUGAUUGGGAGACCGGUAAUUUGGUUAGACGUAUUGAUGUCAAUGCUAAGGAUAUUAUUUGGUCCGACAAUGGAGAAUUACUGAUGAUCAUUAAUACCGAAAAAGAUGGAAACGAGGAAGCCAGCGCUUAUUCCUUAUUUUUCAAUAGAGCAUUGUAUGAUGAAGCAGCUUCAGAAGGAAAUGUCGAUGAAGAAGAGGGCGUUGAAGAUGCAUUCGAUGUUCUUCAUGAAAUUAACGAAUCGAUCACUUCAGGUAAGUGGGUUGGUGAUGUGUUCAUAUUCACCACAUCUACAAACAGAUUAAAUUAUGUUGUUGGUGAAAAAACAUACAACUUAACUCACUUUUCUAAAGAGAUGUACCUCUUAGGCUAUCUAGCAAGAGAUAACAAGGUUUAUCUUGCGGAUAGAGAUAUCCAUAUUUACGGCUAUGAGAUAUCUUUAGAUGUCCUGGAAUUUCAAACCUUAACCUUGAGAGAUGAAUUGCCUGAAGCCAUGGAAUCUAUUUUACCAAAUAUCGAAAGCCAAGAAGCUUUGUUAAAGAUUGCUAGAUUUUUGGAAGGCCAGGGGUAUUACGAGGAAGCAUUAAAUGUUUCACCAGACAAGGAACAAAAAUUCGAUUUGUCUUUGAAGCUCGGCCAGCUUUCUCUUGCUCAGGAGCUUUUAUCAGAUGAGGACAGUGAUCUAAAAUGGAGAUCUCUCGGUGACGCCUCUCUAGAGAAGUUCAAUUUUAAGCUUGCUAUUGAGGCUUACACCAAAUCUCAUGAUUACGAGUCAUUGUUCUUAUUAUUUUCUUCGUUCAACGAUAAAAAAGGUUUACUGUCGACCGCCAAAGAUGCAGAGAGUCACGGAAAAUAUAAUCUGGCGUUUAAGGCAUUUUGGGUAGCAGGUGAUAUCGACAACACUCAAAGAUUGCUUGUGAAAAGUGAAAGGUUUUCUGAGGCGGCCAUCUUUGCGGCAACAUAUGGAAUAAAAUCGGAUGAUGUAGUUGAAAAAUGGAAAGAUAGCCUUGUUUCCCAGGGCAAGAAAUCUAUUGCGGAUAGAAUCAGCGUUUUUGAGAAUGAUAAUUCCAGGACAGAGGCUACCUUGAUUGAUUUUGAACCCAACGUAAAUGGAGAGGCAGAAGAGGCAUUUGAGGAAUCUAGCGAAGUAAUAGGAGAAGACGAAAAUCAUUCGGAAGUUCCAGAAACCAGUCAGGUUAACGGGUCUGAAGGAGCUGAAGCACAGUAG